AUUUUCUAACUAGUCGGUUGUAAUACUCCAACGCUGUUAGUUUACGUCGCUCCGCCAACGAAAUAAACAAGUAAACCCGCGUGUGACAACUUGUGAAUUAAUUGUGACUCAGUGCAUUCACAAUGGGAUGUGGAACGAGUUUUGUGAAAUAUGUGCUAUUUUUCUUCAACCUGGUUGUGGCGUUGCUGGGUCUGGCCAUAAUCGGCGUGGGCGUAGCAUUCCUGCUCAACUGGAGCGCGGUGAAGGAUGAGCUCAAGAGCCACCUGACGGUUGCGCCGUGGGUGUUCAUUGUUAUUGGCGCUGUUAUGUUUGUGAUUGCCUUCUUCGGAUGCUGCGGCGCCAUUCGGGAAAGCCACUGCAUGGUCGUGACGUAUGCCAUCUUCCUGUUGGUGAUUAUCAUAUUGCAAGUUGUCCUCGCGAUUUUACUCUUCACAUACGGUAACAACAUCAAGGAAGGACUGGUCAUCAGCGUGCAGAAGCUCUGGGAGAAACGAAGCAUCGACACAGCAUCCGACGAGGUCUUCAAGAAUCUUCAGGAACAGUUGCAAUGCUGCGGUAGCAACGGUAGUGGCGACUACGGCGCUGUCAACUUACCACAAUCCUGCUGCAAGAAGGACACACUCGUCAGCAACGCUAUUGGAUGCACAAUCGCCAACGCCAACGGCGGCUGCUCGGCCAAAGUAGCUGAUCUGUAUGAGAGAUGGAACAAGCCCAUCGCUGGGUUCGCUAUCGGUGUAGCUUGCGUUGAGGUGGUCGGUGCCCUGUUCGCGCUGUGUCUCGCCAAUUCCAUAAGAAACAUGGACAGAAGGUCACGCUACUAAUAUUUUGUACAUUAAAACUGGUACGCCUAAAUUGACGCCUAUACGACCAACACUCGAAUGAACUAAGUUUACAAACGAAGAUAUCUAUUUACGUACAAUAUUUUCUUAUAGCCUGUCAAGUAACGAGAUAACAGAAAUUUCAUUUCUGUGCCGACCCCACCUUUUGAAAUUAAGUUUUAAUAAAAACUAAUAUGAUUUAAAAAUAGAAUUCAAAAGUUAUGUUUACAAAAAUUUAAAAUUAGAAUAUGAUAGAAAUGUAAGUAAAAAUUUUCUAAAUUUAAAUUUUUGCUAUGUUCGUAAAAAAAAUAUGUUCAUUGAUGAAAUUAAACUAGUUAUUCACUAUGGAAUAUUGUACAUUCACGAAAAUGUUUGUGAAUCCGUUAUACCGUAAAGUGCCAAUACAAGAAAGUGUACAUCUAAAAAUAAUAAAAAUAAAAUGAUUGUAGCUUUUUAUUAAUAAUGUUUCGUACCAUUUAAUAUGCCGGAAAUUCAAUUUUAAAUUCUAUUAUUCUUGUACAUUAUUAAUUUGGAAACGUAUUUUUCAUGUAUACUUUACAUGUAAGUAUAGUUAAGAUUUUAGUGUAUAAUAUUAAUUAUACUUAUACUGUAUAUUAAAAAUGUAUAACAUGCGCACAUGAGCGUAGCCAGUAUAAGGUGUGAUUUAUAGCCAUCCACAAUCCCAUACAUUACACCACGACUGAAUGUACCUAAGUAGGUUUAUUUUGCGUUUUGUUUAAAUAGAUAGGUACCUAAAUAGAUUAACGUCUAUUUAGUAAUUGACCAUACAGAAAUUCUUCCUUUAUAACUAUGUUUUUCUAAAGUUCGAUUAUUUGUUUUGAGACAAAUCCUGGCUAUUCUCAUAAAAGCGUGCUAAUACUCGCGUGAGGGUGGCGCCCUCUGGUGUUUAGAGUAUUUAGGUCGCCUUGGUACGCGUGCUAUGGUACACAAAUAAAUGUGCGAUUUUUCAUAACGAUUGCUGUUUUUGUGAACGCAAUGUAUGUUUUUAUUCUUCAUAUUUUUAUUAUUCUAUAGGCGUCGACGUACUGUUUGGACUUAUUGUUUUCCAUUAAUUUACAUAAUCUGUCCAAAUGUUUUUAAUAUUUAGAAUUAUACGUAAAGAUUUAUUGUGUCAACAAAAAAUUGUUGUACAUAGUAUGUAAUUAAGUUUCAUAUUCCCUUAUCAUCACAAACGAGAUCCAAUAACGAAAAUUGACGAUUCGAUUAAACGCAAAUUAAACGUGCCUUUUUAGUGGUCACAAUUGAUGAUCGAUAUUUCCCAUCAUAUUUAUCCACUCGUAUCAAUUCAACGGUGAUACGAUCUUUGGAUGGCAAAAGACCAUAAUUUUUAUGUAAUUAAUUAUUUAAUAAACUAUUAGCGUUAUUAUAAUUUUCAAAUCAAUCUAGAUAGGUAGUACCCAAUUCACACCUUUGUUACAAUUUAUUAAUAAAAAAAAAAGUUUAAUUUUUUUUUUCUAAAUAAUGUUAAGUUAGUUAAGGAAUGUUUAUACUUAAUGUUACAAAACAGAAGUCUAAAGUAUUUUCAUAAAUCGAAUGUUGUAUGACUAUUAUACGUCCAUUUUACAAAUUAUAUUGAACUAUUAAUAUUGUAGUGCAUUUCUAUAUGUGAUUUAUUAAGUGUUUCUCAUAUAUUAUGUAAAUAGUAAUCAGUAAACGAUUUAGCAUAUAUUUAUGGGGAACAAAUGUCUAUCUCAUGAUUUUGAAUCUCUGCAUUUUCAACUGAAUUGCUUCAUAUGUGAAUGGUUUAUUAUAUUAUAUCGAAUAAAACAUUUUCUAUAUAUAA